GCAAGUUGUCUUCUGGUUCACUAAAGUCGUUGGCAAAUAUUGAAACUUUGAAUUAAGGUCGCAGUCUUUUGGGUUUGUUGAGUUAUGUGAGGGAAAAUCUGGAAGACACAUCUUUAGGACGUUUGUACUGCAAGAAUGGAGGAGCCCAUGAUUUAGAGGUUACUAACAUGUGACAAUGAGCAAUUCAGUGAAGACCAGCAUUAAUAAAGAAAAAGCUGAAGAUGAAGAUAUAUCAUCGGAAAUUAUGAAAAGGCGAUGGGUGCCAAAUAUCUUUAAAAGCACAUCUUGGGAGUGCUUUCAAUUUGCAGGACAUGAGAUCAAAAUCACAGAAACUACUGAUUGCUAUGGUGCAUAUGUAUGGCCUUCGGCCCUGGUGUUGUGCUAUUACCUGGAACACAGUCAGAAUGAGAAUAAUCUUAUUGAUAAAAAUGUAAUUGAAAUUGGAGCAGGAACAGGAUUGGUAUCAAUUGUUGCUGGUUUACUUGGCUCCCACGUGAUUGCUACCGAUCUGCCUCAUUUACUGGGAAAUCUACAGUUCAAUAUAUCACGAAAUACAAAAAUGAGAAGUAAAUAUCAGCCAGAGGUCAGAGAACUUAGCUGGGGAGUAGAUUUGGAAAACAAAUUCCCCAGAAGUGCUGGUCAAUUUGAUUAUAUAAUGGCUGCCGAUGUGGUCUACAGUCACCCAUACUUGGACGAACUUCUAAUGACUUUUGAUCACUUAUGUCAAGAUAAUACCAUCAUUUUGUGGACAAUGAGAUUUAGACUUGAUGAAGAUAAUGAUUUUGUGGAAAAGUUCCAGUGUAUGUUUGAUACUGAAGUUAUAUAUGAUCUCCCAAGUUUACAGAUAAAGUUGUAUAAAGCAAAAAGAAAAGUUUUGCAAACUUGUAAAACAAUAUAGAGAAAAGCACAGCCAUCAUAGGAGAACUUGGAAAUGUUAAUAGUUGUGAAACAAUAGCUCUCCUUAUCAAGGUGAGUCAGGUUGAAUUCCUUGAAAAUCAGACAUAUAAAAUGAUAUGAGAUGACACACUUCCAACAAAGUUUCUAUUGCUCUCCAAGCUUCCAAUAUUCAACAAGCCAUUUCCCAGCUUAGAAGCCUUCAAAGAGAAGGUUUAGCUCCCAAUAAGCAUGUUUAAACAGCAGGCCUAAAAUGAAAUAUAUAUCUGAACCUGAUUUCUGACAUUGACAAAUAUGGUUGUAAGAAGAAUUAGUCAGAUGAUAUAACGCCUUCUACGAUCACAAUCACAAAAGUGUCUGCAUUAAUUGCUAAUUACUUCGCUAAUUACUUAAAUUCACUAAUUUAAGCAUUUCGAGAUGCCAAGUAGGAAUUGAAAAGCUCGAUCCAAUUUUUCUGAAGCUUUGCCAAACAGUUUACUUAAAAUUUUAGCAGAAACGUUUUCUUGGAUUCCAGAAAUGCCUCUUUUGUUAAAAGUUCUGUAUUAUUCAUCUCAUUUUCAAAAACAGGAGAGCAAUCAUAUUUUGUAUCAAAAUUACUUUUUAAAAAAUUGAAUACAUAUGUUGAAUGCUGAAAAUGUGUUGCUGGAAAAGCGCAGCAGC